ACGAUGACCAUUCGUCUGGGGCGCCCUCACGUGGUGACCUCCAUUGUCACGCAAGGCUGCGAGGCUGGGAGGGUGACGUCAUUUCGAGUCAGCCACGUGAAUAAAAACUUAAACCUUGUGGCCGUGCCAGAUGACAUAAGCGUGACUGAGGUAAUCGGUGGUAACAGCCAAGCGUCUUAUCUGUACCGACACACCUUGAGUUCCCCGGUUGAGUGUACCGCGAUCUACAUAACCAUACUGGAGUGGGUUGGAAUAGCGUGCUUGAAGGUUGAACUUGUUGGCUGUUUAUCCCUAUCAGGUUGCCGCCAGCGACUUGGAAUGGAGAGCGGGCGAAUCGCAGACCAUCAGAUAUCUACCGAGAGUGUGAACAGGACCGGCUCCAGCCUGACCGUCUCAGCCACGCCCCGCCUCCAUCAGUGGGUAGGCCUAUCCAGUGGGUGGAACCUUGAAUAUAGCACAGGUGCCGAGUGGCUGCAGAUUGACCUGUUGACCUUGCACACGGUCACCGGGUUCACAGUGCAGGCUGGGCGGCAGCACCAGUACUCCUUAUGGGUGGACACCUACCUUUUACUGUACGCUGCGGACAGGGCUGGAGCUGACGGUCUAACCACGGAGACAUGGAGACCUUAUGUGGACAACGAGGGAGUGACAAUGACGUUCAGGGGUGCGCACUCGCCAUACACCAUCUCCCAUCACACACUGUACCGAUCGUUCAUCGCAAGGAAGAUCCGGAUCAAGCCAGUUUCUUGGAGCUCGUUGUACCCAGGACUUCGGGCAGAGGUCAUUGGAUGCGAGUUAGCAGAUCACGGUGAUUUCUGCAGCGAGAAUACAACACGUUACAAGGGCUUUUGUCUGGGCGUAGCAAACAGGGACGAAGCAUGGACAUGUGAUGCGGUCUUUGCACACCACGCCACCCAAGUUGUAAUCCAUUCAGCCCCAAUGCAGCAAGUUGUGAUGAACGUCCUGCAAAACUCCGAGUUGCAAAGCUACCUGAUUGGUUUGCGCACAGUGGCGAGUUCGGAUGAGCCGUCGUACACGUGGCUAGACGGUUCCGUUAUAACUUACAACAAUUUUGAUCCGAGUAUCCAGAAACCAUACACAUCCAAUUCAAGCGAAGUGUUGUGCGUGAAGGUCAAUACAGCUCAUGAUUUUCAUUGGGAGGUGACAACAUGCGACGGCCUCUUUUUCAAUUCCAGGGGCACCGUUUGCCAAUACGAUUUGGAUGAGUGUGCGGGGAACCAUGGAUGUUCGCAUGAAUGUCUCAACUAUCCCGGUGGAUACCAGUGUCAGUGCCCGACGGGCUAUGUUCUGGACUCCGAGACGCGAAAAGAUUGUAUUCCCGUAUGCAGUAACUACACCGACAGUGGUUCAACAUGGAAUCAAAGAGGAAAGUGGUGUUACACAGAGGGCGCCAAAAACGCAACUUGGCACGAUGCCAACUCGGCAUGUCUGUCGCUGGGGGCGGGUAGCCGCCUACCUUCUAUGGAUGAUGCAUUCUGGGCGGACUUUGACGGAGCUUGGAAUCUGACGUGGGUCUCGAUGGGCAACGCAUUCCCACUGAGUGAAACCAAUCCGUCCUUCCGCGAGGAUUCUCCACAGAUGUAUCAGAAUUCUUCUUUCGAGACGGACUGCACCGCCAUAGACCUGUCCGUGAGACCGUUUGAAGUACAAGAAUGGGUUGGGAGUUGUAACUUGUCUCUUCCCUACGUCUGUAUCAUGGAGUUUGCAUCACUUGAAGAUUUAGACGAUGGGAGCAGCUUUAUCACAGCCGAGACCCCUUUAGGGUAUUUUCGCAGUUGGCACUACCCUCCGCAUUUAGAGUCUGACCACAUCAGGACCGAGCUACGAUUCAGCUUGCCAGAGAAUUAUACAGUGAGAUUCGAUAUUUCAUACUUGGCAAUACCCCAGUCUGAAGAGUUCGAAGAGAACUCUUUCGCCAUCUUUGAGAUCCUUCCAGACAGUAACGCAUCUGUCCGGAGGGCGUUCUUCCGUGGGGCACAGAAGAGAGGCGUGAGUGUGAUUGGUUCAGGCUCGGAAGUCCAGGCGGUCUUCAAUGUGUCAUCAUUCCAUCCGUGGCACGGUGACCCGUCGGUCAUUGGGAUAGAGACCCUUUUCACUGUCGUCGAAUGUGCUUCAAACUGCCGCUCAAAUUGUGGAUCGUCCCCGUCGAUUCUAACGAACGCAACUGGUUCGUUCGGCAUCCUCAACAAACUCCUCGAUAUGUACGCGAGGUGCAGGUGGCUGAUCAGUUUGGAGAAAGGCAAAUUUGUCAGGCUUCGCCUCCGAGAAUAUGACCUCUCAAAUAAUUCCAGACUUAGUGUAAUUUAUGGAAAUGUUCCAGAGGGCGAUUACCGAGCGAACGAUGUCGAUAUCCGAGGAGGCACACUGCCCUUUUUCAUUGCUGACACAAACGAAGUCACCGUGUUUCUUAUCACGACUGGGGUGCAGGGGGAUUCCGGGUUUUGGAUGGACUACGAUUCAGUCGAUGCGCCGGGGUGCAACGUUGGACACACGGCAUUCCUUUGCUCCGACUUUGCCGGACCUUGCGAUACCGAUAUCUCUUGCAACUACCAGAGCGCUUACAUCGCGACUAAGGCUUACCCGGGCAGCUUAUCGGCGUCUACAACAGCAACAUGGCAGAUCCAAACACCUCCGGGGACCUUCGUGGAGAUUGUCUUCGAGCAUAUUAACAUCCCCAGCGUCCAACAAAGCACUUGCACUAACGGAUAUAUUACAUUACUGGAAGUCAUAGAUGAGUUGGACCCGGACACCAUCGUUGAGCGUCUCUGCAAUGUUAACCUACCCACUGGGGCUCUCCGGAGUAAACAAAACCGAGUCAGGUUGGAGCUCCAUGCAGCAUAUGAUACCUCGGACAACAUUUUCCUGGCAAAGUAUGAGGGAUUACAUUUUCAGUCCAGACGCGAGGUUGUGGUGACGAGCGAUCACUGUGAAACUGGGUGGUUCUACUUCAACCAGCACUGCUACCGGCUAAGUGAUUCAGAGACAUUGAUUCGCUGGGACGACGCAAAUACGAGAUGUGGAAGAGAAGACGCCACGCUUGUGAGUAUGAGGGACCGGGAUGAAGCAGAAUAUGUGCACCACAUGCUCACAACUGAGUGGUUUACCACGAGGACAAACACUUACAUAGGAUUGACUAACAGAAAUCUUCAAGGUGUAUUCACUUGGUCGGACAAGAGUCCCAUGAGUUACACGGAUUGGGCUUUGACAUUUACGGAGGAGGAGGAAGAAGAAGAAGAGAGUGAGCGGUUUGAGUACAAUUCGCCCAACGGAGGGGCCUUGGAGAGUUGCACAAUGAUCAAACUAGAAGAUUUCAGCACGUCUGCCAACUGGGUCGAUGUUGCGUGCGCGGCUCGGGAAGCCUACCAGUACCUGUGCAAGAAAGAGGCUGAAGAUUUUACCCAACCUGCAUCCAUAGGCGAUUUUGUUGGACAAGACCAUCCACGCCAGUGUCCGCAGCACUUGUUUCAGUGUUCGACGGGGGAAUGUAUUCAGAGAAUCUUUCUUUGCGACUCGGCUGCAGAUUGCUCAGAUGGCAGCGAUGAGGGCGCUGUCUGCUCAACAGGAUUGGACUACGCACGGUUCAAGUUUCAGUGUGAACCACGAGAGGUUUCAGCCUCACUCGUCUGUGAUUUUAUUCAGGAUUGUGACCACGGGUCGGAUGAGCGCAACUGCCUUCGAGCCGAAUGUGACACGACUCAGUUCCAGUGUCAAAACGGCCAGUGCAUCGAUUUAAGCAAGCGAUGUGAUUUGAUUAAUCCCUGCUCUGAAGACACGUCCAUCGAGGGCAAUGGUUGCGAGCUAAUCACUGGCGGAUUUCAGUGUUACAGCUCCCGAUGGAUACCGAUGGAGCAUCAGUGCGAUAGUUUCCCAGAUUGCGGUGGUCUCCACUACGAAGAUGAGAUACCUUGUCAGGACAAAUAUGUGGCUUCGUGCGAGUCCGAAAAUGUUAUUCCGUGUCGAAGCGGCAUCUGCGUCGACCAGAAUCACACCUGCAUCUAUGAUUUUGACCGACAUGGCUACAUCCAAGGCUGUCGCGACGUCACACACCUUAGGGACUGCGAAUCGUUUCAAUGUCCUGAGAUGAUGUUCAAGUGCCCGGAUUCCUACUGCAUUCCAAUCAGACUGCGAUGCGACAAUGCGUUCGACUGCCCGAAUAAGGAGGAUGAGAAACAAUGUGACGAAUAUAUUUGUCCAGGGGCCUAUCGGUGUCGUAACCACGCACAGUGUGUAAGUCUUGAUCAGCUGUGCGAUGGGAAAUCUGACUGUCCUGGGCAUGAGGGUGAACGAGGUGGUGAUGAUGAGCUGUUCUGUAAUGUUAGCUGUCCUGCCAGCUGCGAGUGUGUUGGUUUAUCAUAUGUGUGUGAAAGCACGGAAUGGGGACCCGGAGCAGCCAGCACGAUUUCAGCUAAAGUUCGUCAACUGUUUUUGAACUCAGUGGCUUCGAUCGGUGCAGCAUCAAAUCUGGACAAUGGAUCGACAAGACGAAAGAGGGACCAGAUUCCUGCGUCUGGCACGGUGAUGGAUAAACUGUUUCUGAACUUCAGCCAUUAUCCCCUCUUGGUGGACCUGGAGCUCAAGGAUAACGGUAUAACGGAACUGAGUCCAGGCAUGUUCAACAACAGCCACAGCAUACGCACCCUUGACCUUUCGUUGAACAAUAUUGAUGUCUUACGCAGUGGCACCUUUGAGGGAUUAUCUUCAUUGGAAAAUCUGUCGCUAUCAGGCAACAGCUUGAGUAACAUUGAGGUUGGAGCAUUUGCCGGGCUUUUCAAUUUAAAAGUUUUAGAAAUUCGAGACACCAGUCCCAUCAAAUCCAGUGAUGGCUUCGAAGAUUUGGAAAGCCUCAAAACAAUAAUUGCCAGCAAAUACCUGUACUGCUGCGUCAAAGAAAGCGUGGAAUGUAUAGCGCCAACCGAUCAGUUUUCUGACUGCCACGACCUGAUCAGCAAUAGUGCUCUGCGGUUUUUUAUGUGGCUGCUGGGGCUGAGCGCCCUGGCUGGCAACGCGCUGGUCUUCGGAAUGCGGAUGGUGAACAGGUGUCGGGUGGGCGGUGCCAGGCGGGACGCCACCCCGGUCCAGACUUUCCUGAUCACCAACCUGGCUGUGUCGGACUUCUUGAUGGGCGUGUACAUGAUCAUCAUCGCGGGGGCGGACCUACACUUCCGGAACAACUACGCAUUUCAUGCUGAGGGCUGGCGGGCCGGCUUGGCCUGCAAGAUCGCUGGUGUCCUGAGCAUCUUGUCCAGUGAGGUCUCGGUCUUUGUCAUCAUGCUACUCAGUCUCGACCGCUUCUUCAAGAUUGUCUUUCCCUUCCGGUUUGGUCUUCAUCUGACAUCUAGACGUGCGCAGUGGAUGGUGCUAGCAUCGUGGGUAGUGGGGCUCCUGAUGUGUCUCUUACCUGCUCUAGUCACGGCUUACUUCACUCACAGUUACUACGGGAGUUCUAGUGUGUGCUUGGCCUUACCGCUGGUACCCGACCUCCCAAGAGGUUGGGAGUACAUGUUCUUCCUCCUGGUCGUCAAUCUGAUCUGUUUCUCGAUCAUGUUAAUCUGCUACGCCGCCAUCUUUGUAGCCGUGAAACGCUCUUCGCAGCAGUCGGGCAGUUCGGCACAGAACUCGGCCGAGGUCCGAGUGGCCGCCAAGAUGGCCCUGAUAGUGGGGACGGACUUCAUCUGCUGGAUGCCGAUCAUCAUCCUAGCCAUUCUGGCGAGCUUUGGGCAGGUGGCCAUACCCCAGGCUGUCUACGCCUGGAUUGCCAUCUUUAUUCUGCCGCUGAACUCCUCAAUCAACCCUUACCUUUACACGCUGUCAAACUACUGGGGCCAGCGGAAAAAGAAGAAAAGUCGGGCCAAAAAUUCCUUGAUGCUUAAUCAAGGCUACUCGCCGUCCCCAAUGAACAGAACGCGGAGCUCAGCGCUUGGAAUUGAUGGCUUUAAUGACAGCCAGUCCGCUGAUUUCGAGCUGCAGCCGAUGCUGAAGAUCGUGCUGUCGCAGCUUGAGCAGCACCGGAUCCUACCCGUGGUUCGCAAGGAGCCCUCCCAUCUCUGCUCGCCUCCCGGGGGUUCCCCACAUGGCAACAUCUGUGCCUCAAACCAAGACGCUGGUUCGCGAAACUGGAGCCUGACUGAGCACGACGUGACCUGUGUCGUGGAUGACGUCACGGCGGCCUUGUCCUGGCUACACGACAACGGCAUCUCGGGAAUCCAUCUGAACGAGGACAGCAUUCUUUUGGACAAGGAUUCAAAUGGUCAGCAGAGGGCGUAUCUGCAGCUUCCGCAGAACAUCCUGGGAGUAGAUGCGCCCACCAGCAAACUGCGAGAAAGUUCGGCCGACAUCGGUGUCGAACUCGACAACAAGGCCUUAGAGAAUCUGAUCGGUCGACUCAGAAACAACGCCAGCCUGGUACCAGACGAGCAGAAGACGCAAAUCGACAGCGGCCAACUGAUGACCAUAUCACACUUGUAGACACUGUUGAAAUAUAUUCGUUAUCUUGAUCACUUCGGCACCAUGUAAGACAAUUAUGACAUUAAAAUAAAAAGUGGUCCAAGGAUGAUAAAAACAAGUUUGAAUGAGCUGAAAUUUCUUUGAAAUACUUGUGUGUUACUUGUAUUUAACCAAAAUACUUGAAAG